GCAGCGUCAAACGUUUUAUUUGUACUUUUGCAUCAUUGGUACUGACUGCGCAUGCGUGGUGAUUCGGCGUGGUUCUGUCGCGAAAAGACGCCAGUACUCGAGAAGCGCAGCAUCAGGGAUGACUGAAGAAAGACACAGCAGACACACGCCUCCUGCCUUUACCAGCUUCAUCGACGAGGCAAUCCCGAGUACAAGCCAUGAAGGCGCCGGGGACGCUUCAUCCACUAUGCACGAUUACGCUACGAUUUCGGACGAGGCCUGGGCUUACCAAUGGAACACGACUGAGGCCACUUACGUCCAUGAGCACGCAGACAUGAACGAAAACGGAAGCACCGCGCACCGGCUUCCUUUGAUCAGCAGCGACGAUAUUGACGCAAACCUCAGUACAAGCCACGCUAGCAUGGAGGAAUCAUCAGCCAUCUGGGAAGACGACCCGAGGAUUCCUAAUGGCUCCUGGGGUGGCCAACGGAACACGCAGUACUACCCGGCUGACGUCACAUCCACCAUGCAUGACAUGGCCGGAAAAGUCAGCACCGGUUACUGGCCUCCUGUGUCCAGCAGCGGCGGCGAUGACGCAGUGCCCAGUACAAGCCGCGCUGGCAUGGAGGGAGCAUCAGCCAGUUUGGAAAACAAUGGAAG